AUGAUUUUGUUUAGUGCUUUUAGAUGAAGUUUUUGUGCUAAAAUAUCUGCUUUAUUUUCAUAUUGGAUAAUUGGGAUUACAGGGACUUUUGAUAAAGCAGCAAAAAUUACUUGAGCGUCUGGAGCAGAUUUGGUUUUGGUGGUGACUGUUGUCGUGACUUCUUCGACUUCUUCAAACUCUACUGGCUCUUUUGUCCAUCUAUCAAAAGCUUUGUAG